AGUGCAUAACGCACGAUUGGACAAAGGAAGGCGAUAAUUAGCCGUGGACGAAAAUAGUCGCGGCGGGCCCUGGGCCAGGUGACGUCAGCGCGCCAGGGCCGCGGCGGGGCAAGACGGGCCCCGCGCCAGUGUCGCGCGCGCCGUCCGCCUGGCCGCACGCCGACGCUGCUAAGCCUGCGACCGACCGCCAUAGCCAGCCGCCUCCGCGCCACACAGUCCCCGCCGCAGCGACCCGCGCCCACCAACGCUCCUUUACGAGCCCCAUACACAACCCACCUCCCCCAACCCCUUCAAUGGUACGCAAAUACGAAAGAAUGAGUGGUCGUCAGUCCUGGAGCGAAGAGGACAUGGCGAAAGCCGUUGCUGCCGUGGUGUCAGGUAAAAUGGGUUACAAGCUCGCGGCGAGGACCUUUCAUAUACCUCGCUCGACGUUGCAACGACGCGCCAGUAAGAUCCGAUACCAACUACCCGACGAUCCCAAACCUUUAAUGGGUCAUUACAGACGAGUGUUCACUGACAAUCAAGAAAAGGAUCUUGUUGGCUAUAUUAAGAGUAUGGAAAAGUACUUCAUGGGCGUGUCGAGGCGAGAUAUACGGGAGCUAGCCUUUCAAUACGCCGAAGACAACAAUCUAAAUCAUCCUUUCGACGUCAACAGUAGAAUGGCUGGCGAAGACUGGGUGAGAAACUUCCUAAAAAGAAACCCAGAGUUACUUAAUAAGUCGGAGAAGGAAUAUGAAUUAGAGCCGGUGAACUUCGACCAGUUCUAUCAUUUCAUGUGUCAAUUUUCAUGAUAACUAGUCGAAUACUUGCUACAAUUAGUAAAUUAAUCAAAGAGCCUCGUUCUUUUGAUUCCUGUGUACCAACUAUUGAGAACUUAAACACCAUUCCAAAAUUUUGUUACCAACAUUUAUAAUAAGUUUGUUAUAUUUUGGUUACUUGGAUAUAAAUAUUUGAUGUCAGUAAAAUAAUUAGCAUACUUGAGCUCGACACACACGGUCAGUUAAACUGAUCAGUUAAAAAGGAUGUAAGGAAAAGCGAUUUCUUUUUUUUUUCUCUCUCACUGACUUCAAAUGUCAACUUAAGAUUUCACACUCACGGUCAGUUUUUGAAUGUACGUCAGUUCAACGAUCAAAAUGUACGUGUGCCCAAAAAUUCCGUGUGCUGCUGUCAGUUAAAAAUUUCAACUUAAGAUUUCACACACACGGUCAGUUUUGGAUGUACAUCAGUUCAACUGAACAGUUUAACUGAACGUGUGUUUCAUGCUUUACAAUUAUUAUUAUUACGGGACAUAAGACGGGAAUAUAAGCAGAUUUUAAAUUUUAUCAGCGAAUUCAAACAACGAGCUAAGCUCAAAGAAUGCAUAAUUUAUAUUACAGUUAAUUAUGUAUUGUAAAUGUCCGUAGAUUUCUUAUUGGGCUACUUAUUACAUAUUAGUACUUACGAAGUCUAAUAAUUUUCUAGUUAUGUUUAAUUUAUAGUUUAAAUUCUGUUGGUUAAUGGUAAUAAAUAAAUUAAGGGCUGUGAUAACAGAGGAAGGUGUAACUGGGUGAGACAUAUCAUAUCGGCACGAUAUAUUUACAUAUGGAAAAGGUUCUAGUUAUUUCGUUUGAAUAUUGAAAAAGUUUUUCUUUGUUUUCUUAAUGGUCUUUGAAACUAAAAUAUAUUUAGGAGCGGUGUACAUCUAUGGCAAUAACCGUGAUAUUAUUAAAUCCGUUAAAACCUCUUACGACGUAUGAUGCCGUCCGCAUUUAUUUUGUCCAUUGCAUAUAUAUCGUAGAUAUUAUUGCGUAUUUGGAUUUGGUUUGACAAAACAUAUUUUAAGCGUUAAUUUUUAAAAUUUUAAACUCUUUUAAAAUGAUUUCUAUAUAAUAUAUCAUUUCGUUUAGUAUUGCGUUCCGUUAAACAUUUUUAUUGAAAUAGUUAUCGUCUGGAAGAGAAUAAAUAAAAACGUUGUGAUAUUGGUGACUGGUGAUAGUAGUGGGAAUGCCCUAUAGUUGAUUCGUUUAUAAAUAUAAUGUAUUCACAAUGCACGCAAGAUAAGAAUAGGACUGUCAAAUAUUUUAUUUCACGAGCGCAUUAACUUUAAGUGUGUUGUGGAGGAUGUGUAAAAACCUGAUUGAAAUAGGCACAUCAAUAAAUAUGUAUUUUUAGUAUUUAUUAGAAAUUUAGUAAAGUAAACAAGAAUAUAUUUAAAGAUGGUGUAUCAUGCAAAAUGACGUUUAAGUAGUUAGAGAAUUUGACAUUUACACAAUCCUAUUCUUACCCUGUGCGCAUGGAAAGUACUUGUUCUAAAAAUACUUUAUGAGAUAUAUAUUUUUAAAUUAAAAUAAAAUAAUUGGAGUACCUAUAAUUCAUGCCCUACAAAUUUGUCGUUACCUGAUAUAUGUUUGAUCUCUUAAACUUAGUUUAAUUACAUAGUAACUUAUGAAUAUUAAUUGUUGAGGUCAAUAUAGGACUUGUUGGUUGUAUUGAAAUUUUACUUUUGGAAACAGACAUAAAAUGCCAAACUUGUUAUUAUUUUGAGAUUUAUAUUUAAUUGGUAUAGUUAAGUAUGUACUUAAUAAGUUUUACGCACUUAAAUAAAUAUUAUAAAAAUAUAUGCUACGCUGUUUUCAUUUUAUAUUUUUUACUAUGUG